AUGAGAGCGAAGAUCCUGCACGGCUCAGGAUGCUACAACGUCUCCAGCUGGGAGGAUCUCGUCGACAUCGUCCAACUGUGGGAGUGGCUGCAGGGGCAAUUCAUCCCCUCCAUCUACUAUCAAGACACUCCCAGCAGCGGGCUGGGAAACGUGCUGGGUUACAACUACCUCAUAGGAACGAUCCGGCUGCGACAGGUCAGAGGAAAGGCUGCGAACUGCGAGAGCUUGCCCGAAUGGUUGAAUCAUUCGCUAUUCUCGCAGAGCUCCAUCUCCUGCUAUCCGAGCAUCACCACGAGGAACGCGGACCAUCAGUCGUACGGGCUGCCAGCUCUCCCGUUCGUGUGGAGUCCUGGGGAUCCUUUUGGGGACACGAUAAGCACUCAGUUCGGCGAGUAUGAAACCGGCGGCUUCAUCAUGGAAUUCCCUCAAUACAACGCGAGCAAAGCGCAAGACAUUCUGUCGUUUCAUAAACUGCAUGGCUGGCUUGACGUCAACUCGAGACUCGUUCGGAUCAGCGCCACCUUCUUCAACCCCUCCCUCCAGCUGUGUCUCUUCAUGUCGCUAACGGCAGAGAUGCCUCCGUUCGGAGGGCUCGUGACCUCUUCGAGCUUCAUCGCUCUUCCUCUCAAGAUGUACCAGGGAGUCACAGGAGUCUUCAAACUGAUCUUUCAGCUGCUCUUCUGCGCCAUCGAGCUGAAGUUUCUCUUUGACGAGUACCUAGCAGCCAAGGAGCUGGGGUUUGAGUACAUCAAGAGGUUUUGGGGUUGGGUCCGCCUCAUCGAGUGCGGCCUCAUCGCCGCCAUCGCCGCCAUCCGCAUCAGCUCCUUGUCUAUGGUGGACCAGCAGUACGCAAACCUCAACACCUCGUCCGUCUCCAGCACCUACAUCGACCUCCAACGCAUCCCGAGGCUGACGACGUCUGACAACAACCUCGUCGUUGCCCUGUCCAUCCUUCUCUUCGCGCGGCUCUUCAAGUACGCGACCUUCUAUGAUGGGGCUGAUCACUUGUUUCGAGUAGUCGCAAGAGCUCUGCUGGAAGUGGUUCCCUUCUUCGUCUUCUUCAGCAUCGUCUUCAUCAUGUACACCCUUGGCUGUUACACCCUCUUCGGAGACAAGUCUGUCAACUUCCGGAGCUUCACAACGUCGGUUCAGAGCAUGAUGUUCAUCAUGAUGGGAGACUCUUCCGUGUACAAGGAGAUGGCGGCCAUCGACGACUCUCUCACGCCGCUUCUUGUCUACUCUUUCCUGACCGUUCAGUUCGUCUUGUGCCUUAAUAUGUUCACAGCCAUCAUGGUACACACGCACGCAAGAGUCAAGUCAGAGCUGGACAAGGAGCCCGAGGACGCGUUCAGGGAGCAGCUGGACGGCUUGAUCAAACUUCUGCGACGCUCCCUCGGCAAGGUGGAGCCGGAAGAGAACGAGGAAAUCGAGAACGAGCUCGAGGACGAGAUUGCGCGAGUGUCCAGCGACGCGCAAGACGGGAGGGCUGAGAAGGAGGGGAGAGGAGGAGAGAGGAUAUUCAAUCGCAUCCCUUCCAAUGGGUCGAACUAUGCUGAGGUGAUCAAAGCUGCUCCCAUGCUCGAGGGAGGCGACAACGAGCUGAGCUCCAUCGUCAACCGCAAGCUUCAGAGGAUUGAGAGUCAACUGACGUCUCUGGAGAGCGUCAAGCUCAACGUGCUCGCGCUCUCCGACCGUCUCAACGCUCUGACUGAGUUCCUUGUGUCCGACCCCUCCCGCCUCCGCUCCUCCAAGCAGAUCGACGCUAUCAGCCGCAAGCUCGACAUUCUCUCCGAGACCCUCGCCGGGGCCGACCCGUCAGCCCGUCCGAGCCUGGGCGAGAUGAAGGAGGCAGAGGUGACGGUAGAGGAGUCGGACUGGAACGAAUGA